GUCUUUCUGAGUUUUCUUUUCAAAUUCAACCUUGCACUAAAACAAUUUCCCUCCAUGAAAACUAAAUUCCUAUCUGUAGAUGGUCCCUUGCAUUCGGACCCCGAAAAUUUACCAAUACCAACCCCUUCCACACUCGAUGAAUCCUAUGACACAGAUCCAAAGGAAUACAUCCAGCUGUUUGAAAUCCCGGAUGGUGGCUACGGGUGGGUUAUGGUGCUUGCGGUAUUCAUUAUAAACGUGAGCACAUGGGGUGCCAAUUCGGGGUUUGCCAUCUACUUGGCGUUUUACUUGGAGACUGAACUCUUCACCACCUCUGCUGAGUUAUAUGCCCUCAUCGGUGGCUUUUCCAUCGGAAUCGGGAUCGCUUUCUCCCCUGUUAUCACCUAUUUAUGCGGCGUUAUCGGUGUCAGACCUGUGAUGAUUAUUGGCGCAUGUGUGCAGUUAGCAGGUAACUUGAUGGCUAGUUGGUCUGUGAGCUUGUGGGAGAUUUUCAUGACUCAGGGUAUUCUUCUGGGCUUUGGCAUGACUAUGUUGGCAUUACCUGCUAUUUCCUUGUUGCCCCAAUGGUUCAAGAAGAAGAGAACCCUCGCGGGUGGGAUAGCGGCAAGUGGAUCUGGUGCCGGUGGUAUGAUGUACAACCUCGCCAUGUCCAAGAUCAUGCAGCAAUAUUCGUACAAAUGGGCCUUAAGGGCUCAGGGAAUCAUGUGCUUUGUCACUGUUUGCAUUGCUAUUGCAUUGAUCCGCGUCAGAACCACCAUCAAAGGUGAGUUCAAAAUUUUUGACCUUACGGUGGUACGCACCUUUGGAUUUUUACUCGCAGUCUUGUGGGUUAUUUUAACCAUGUUUGGCUAUGUUGUCUUGAUGUAUAACUUGGCUGAUUUCACCAAGUCCUUGGGAUACUCCUCCCACCAAGCCUCAAUCGUCUCCGCCAUGAUUUCUUGUGGUGCCUUCUUCAUUCGUCCUUUGGUUGGCUUCCUUUCCGACAGGUUUGGUGUCAUUACGGCUAACAUUGGUGCUCAUCUACUCUGUGGAAUCUUUGCGUUGGCCAUGUGGAUUCCCGCUCGGAAUUACGCAACGGCUAUCGCUUUUGCAUUCAUCCUGGGUGGGCUUAUGGGUAGUGUAUGGCCUUCUGUGGCUACGGUAGUUGCUCGUGUGGGUGGGCUAACCAAGUUUCCUGUGUUUUUUGGGAUGUUGUGGGUGUUCUUAGGCCUUUCCUCCAUGGCAUCUCCAGUUAUAGGCAUCAAGUUGAAGGCAGCUCCUCCAGCUGGCCUCCUCGUGGCGCCAACACAGUACCACAACGUUGCCGUUUUCGUGGGCUGUUGUUAUAUCGGUGCUGCAUUGAUGUUGUGGAUCUUAAGAGCCUGGAUUGUGGCUAGAGAUGAGUUAUCAGGGGAAAGCUCUGAGUCAGACAACGGGUCUGAGUUGCUUUUGACCGUUCCGUUCUUUUCUCCAUUCAAGAAAUUGUUUUGUUGGGGGUCUAAGUUGGCCUAAGCUGCAAUAUAUACUUAUAUAAUCACCAUCCAUCCUGUGAAUUUCCCGACCUGCUGGUCCUAUAUCUCCAUCCAAGUGUUUACCACAACAGCAAAUAUUGGCAAAACUGGAAGCCACGUACCUUUGACGCCAUUUGCUAUCAAUUCAUUUCAGUAUCCCCAUGCUGGGGUAAUUUCCUAUAAUACUCUCCUAUUUUGUAUACCGUGAGAAAUAU